GAGACAAUCUUAUCAGAACCACAGCUGAAAAUAUUCCUCUUCGUCUUUGUAUGUACAAUAUUCCAAUUGAAGCUCGACGAGUUUGCUUCACGUUCCAGAAUGCCGAGAGUGUCGUUCACUUUUAGGGGACUGCUCGCCCCUGUAUUAACACCGUUCAAUAAUGACAGCACCAGAACUCUAAAUUUGUCAGUCAUACCACAGUACGCAAACCACUUGGCAAACAAAAAAGUCAACGGUGUUCUUGUAAAUGGAACGAGCGGAGAAGGUCCGUCCAUGUCAACGAGCGAGAGAAAGUUAGUUGCCGAGGCUUGGGCGAAUGCUGUUAGAACAACGAAGCAACACUUGAUGAUUCAAGUAGGCGGUGCAUCUCUUCCCGAUGUUCUUGAACUCGCAAAACACGCUGAAAGCAUCAAAGCAGAUUCUAUCCUUUGCCUGCCGGAAUUAUACUUUAAACCAAGCACGUCCGAACAAUUGAAAGAUUAUUUAAGACUGGUUAGUUCAGCAGCUCCGAACACACCGCUUCUGUAUUAUCACAUUCCGAUGUUCACUAACGUUAAUGUACACAUGGGCGAGUUUCUCGAAUCUCUCAACGAGGAGAUUCCAACGUUCGUGGGAAUAAAAUUCACAAGUUCCAACUUGCAGGAAGGUGCUCGAGCUUUACGCGCCAAUAACAACAGAUUCGUAGUAUUCCUUGGGAAUAACGAGCUGAUGGACGCUGCUUGUGCAAUAGGAAUGAAUUCUUUUAUAAUAACAAGCUUAAGCAUGUUCCCGGAACUCACGGUCGAAACGUUUACAGCCGGAAACGCAGGCAAUCUCUUGAAAGCAAGAGAAACUCAACAACGUUUGACAAACGUUUUGACGAGUAUAGGCAAAUAUGGAACUUUUAUAGAGACCAUGAAAGCAGCAAUGUCUCUGUUGACAAACAUCAAUCCAGGUCCUCCACGUGUGCCUCAGCAACCUUUGUCUGCAGAAACUGUGGCAUCAAUGGCAAAGGAUUUACAAAAUUUAGGGUACAGUGUAAACCUUUAAUGUAACGAGAAAAGAAAAGAAAACAAAAUGAUUCCUAUACUUGUAAUACAAUCGUUUGAAAUAAAAUUGCUGCAAAUU